GAUCAAACGGCGAAUACCCCGCGAUGGAUAUUGCCUCUCCUGUUGUGGGAAUCGUAUUCUGCCUCAUCAUCCUGCAAGUACACUUUCAUGUAGGUAACAACCCCCAACCCGACAGCCCACCAAAGCCCUUCACCAUUCUCUUUGGAGAGCGAGGAGAGCAGAAUGUGAGCCAUAGCAUGGAACCGAUGAUUGAGGAGACGGAAGUCAUUCAGUCUGACGUGAUGCGCAGCCGACGACUCUCAGGAGAUGAAUGUUAAUUGUUUUCGAAUCCAUACCUGUCACCUCGCUGUACAUCACGGACACAAUCUGCAGCCGCAACAUUAACCCCACUGAUGCUACUAGCACCAAUGACGCCACCGGUUGCUAUCUUGUCCGGAUGGCACGAUUCAAUUGUUGCUAACUUUGCGACUGGCGGCGUUCAAAGCCACGAAGCCGUUCUUCCGUAUGCUCCCUUGCCAGACCACCGCUGGCCGGAAUUCAACAGCAAUCUGCAAUUCUCAAAUAGCCAGGCGCUCAGCGCUCAAGAACACGAUGACCGUUGUGAUUUCGAAAACUAUUCAAACGGUUUCACUCAACCAGAGGCUCAAGGCUUCGUAUCAUAUACAUCUAAUAUAUCAAGGACGCGGUUGAUCCUGCGGAAGAAAUUCGCAUCGGCUCCAUGUGCAUGCUCCACCUGGCGGCCUGAGCUCCACAUCCAUUCCCAAUCGCUCAAGCGCUCGCUACUCAUGUGCGCUCGGCGGUCUCCUAUUUGUGUGCGUUCUUCGCUUAUCUCCGUGUCUCUAAUCCUCCUUUUGCAAUUUAGUAUUGCCUGCCUCGCAUCACUUUUUCUUUCAAUACAGCGCGUUCGAGUUGGACCGUAAAUCGCUAACAGUUUUCCCUGCGAUCUGCUCAUAGGACGACAUUCAAUGGAUGUCAAGGGCUGACAGGCUUGAGAACGCCGUGCUUGAUCUGCGCGCAGAUUGGUUUGCACGGACAGCUAUGCACCGCACUUUAGACGUAUGACAUCGCUGAGACACUCGAACGCUAUUUUCAAGAGAAGAGGAAAAGAUAAGACCGGACGGAAUAUCCCAAGGUGAGCGGAGCGUUUGUAUUGACGUGUGUAUAAGCAGACCUGCACAGAAAUCCCU